AUGGCCGCGAAAUCUGAUGGUGCACCCGUCUCUCUACGAAACGAAAUCCCACCCGAGUGUCCUUCCAGGUCGGACCCGCGGCCUCCUCAGCACCGUCCCGCCGAGCAGCGCUACUCCCUCCCGGACUGCUGCUGGACGCUGUGCGCCCUUUUGGUCUUCUUCUCGGACGGGGCCUCAGACCUGUGGCUGGCCGCGGACUACUACCUAAGGAGGGACUACUGGUGCUUUGCACUGACUCUGGUCUUUGUGAUAGUCCCGUCCGUGGUCGUGCAAGUGUUGAGCUUCCGAUGGUUCGCCUACGAUUUCUCGAAAACCAUCGAGAGCGGCACGGCGGCGGCCGCCGUGGUGGCUGCGUCGGGAGCGGAGGAGAGCGACUUCAGCACCAAGGGCAGCGGCGAGCGGGGCGCUGGCCGCACUGCCGCGGCCGGGGUGCUGCCGGGGCCGGGCACCGGGGGAGGAGCCCGGGGCUGCUGCAGAGUCUUCAUGUGGCUCUUCCAGGCCAUCAUUCACAUAUUUCAGCUGGCACAGGUCUGGAGGUAUGUCCACGCCCUGUAUUUGGGCGUGCAGAGCCGCUGGCACAGGGACCCCGAGCGCCGUCACUACUACUGGCGCAUGAUGUUUGAGAGCGCAGACAUCAGCAUGCUGCGUCUGCUGGAGUCCUUCCUGAAGAGCGCCCCUCAGCUGGUGCUGCAGCUCAGCAUCAUGAUCCAGGCCAGUCAGGUGCUGCCCCUGCAGGGGCUUUCAGCUUCUGCCUCGCUGAUAUCCCUCGCCUGGAUGAUCGCCUCCUAUCAGAAAGUCCUGAGGGACUCCCGAGACGACAAGCUACCCAUGACCUACAAGGCCGUCAUAGUUCAGAUUCUGUGGCACCUGUUCACCAUCGGGGCCCGCACUCUGGCCUUCGCCCUCUUUGCCUCAGUGUUCCAGCUUUACUUUGGCAUCUUCAUUGUGGCCCACUGGUGCAUCAUGACAUUUUGGAUAAUUCAAGGCGAAACAGACUUCUGCAUGUCCAAAUGGGAGGAGAUCAUCUAUAACAUGAUGGUGGGCAUCGUGUACGUUUUCUGCUGGUUCAGUGUGAGAGAGGGCCGCACUCGCUGCAGGAUGCUCAUCUACAGCCUGACUGUGUUCAUCGAGAAUGUGGCGCUCACCACUGCCUGGUACCUGUACCGCGGCCCUCUUACCUCAGACUUCUACGCCGUCAUCAUGGUGUGCGUGGUGGCCAGCAGCUACGCUCUGGGCACCUUCUUCAUGUUUGUGUAUUACUGUCUCGUACACCCUGACGGCCCAGUCUCAGGGUGGGGUUAUAUUGUGGAGAAGGAGGUGCCUGUGGAGUCGCUGGCCUCCCCAGCCUCCAGCCUCCCCCCUGACCUGGUGAGCAGCCCUCCCAGGACCCUGCAGAGAACUAAAGGGUCUGACAGAGACCAGGGACCUGGGAUCGAUGGAGACGUGUUUCAGGUACGACCACCUCGGGGAGCUCAGGCCCCAGUGACCCGCCUCACACCCAGGACAGAGGGGCCUGUCAUCCGAAUAGACCUGCCCAGGAAGAAGUACCCCGCCUGGGAUGCUCACUUCAUCGACCGCCGGCUGCGUAAAACCAUCCUGGUGCUCGAAAGCGCUGCCCCGGUCACGCCAAGGAUUCAGUACCGCUGUCUGGGCACACCCAAAGAAGUGAUGGAGUAUGAGACCACCGUGUGA